CAUCACCUCUCAUCAUAUUAUUCUUCAGUUACAUUUUUAUUUUUCUGAUAUAUUCAUUGAAAAUGAGUCAUCAUGCCAAAGCUUUGCAUUUGGUGUUUGGAGUUAUUGGAAAUGGUACUGGUUUGUUCUUGUUCCUCUCUCCAUCGAUUACUUUCAAGAGGAUCAUCACGAACAGAUCAACUGAGCAAUUUUCUGGGAUACCAUAUGUUAUGGCAUUACUCAACUGUUUGCUUGCUGCUUGGUAUGGGUUGCCUUUCGUAUCACCAAACAACUACAUGGUUACAGCAAUAAAUGGAACAGGAGUAGUGAUUGAGUCAGUGUAUGUCCUAAUAUUUCUUGUGUUUGCGGCCAAGAAGGAGAAGGGAAGAACCAUGGCUCUUCUCUUUGGCAUUCUUGCUAUAUUUUCCACUGUCGCUUUGGUUUCGGUUUUAGCCAUCAAACAGGAGAACAAAAGGCAGUUGUUUUGUGGUCUUGUUGCCUCUGUUUUCUCCAUCAUAAUGUAUGCCUCUCCUCUCUCAAUCAUGAGAUUGGUGAUCAGAACCAAGAGCGUUGAGUAUAUGCCAUUUCUAUUAUCACUAUUUGUCUUCCUAUGUGGUACCUCAUGGUUUAUAUAUGGCCUCAUUGGCAAUGACAAAUUUCUCUAUAUUCCUAAUGGAUUUGGGUGUUUUCUGGGAGCAAUGCAAUUGAUUUUAUAUUGCAUCUACCGCAAAAACAAUGAAGAUGUCAAGAAAGCUACAAUUGAUGGGAGUUUAGAAAUGGGGCUUGCUAAUCCUCAGCAAGCCAAAAAUAUUCAAUCUUAAUUUAUAACAAGAUAAAAGCCCAAACUCAUUGGUAGAAAUGAAUGUAAUAGUUUCAUACCAACUUGAGUUAAAAAGUGUGCUGUCUUCACACAAUCAUAAAUGAAAGUGUGCUGUCACACAACCAUGUGGUUGGGCUUAUUUGUAUCUUGGUUUAAAGUUAAAUAUAUAAUUCCAAUGCUAUGUGACAUAUUUUAAGAAAAA